AGACAUAGUCUCAUGGUGAGAGCCUUGGAUUUGGAGAAAUCUGAUUGGGAGCUGUAUUGGGGGGGCCUAUUGUAUUGUAUCACUACUUUAUUGACAAGGAGGCUGAGGCUCAGAGGAAUGACUACCCUCAAUCCUGUGUUACUCUGGAAACUCAUUUAACGAUAGUGGGAUUUCAUCUGAUGAGGCAGUUGUGGUUUCAGAAAUACACAGGUUCAACCGCUGAUCUCUGAUUAAAAGCCAAGGGUCAGCGUCCCAGUCUUCCAAUAUCAGGUUAGCUGUGGUGCCUUCUUGUCUCUAGACCCUGAAGAAGAUGGAGAGGCACAUGAUCAGGGGACAACUGUAUAAGCACUUUGAUUUGGAGAGGAAGAAUGCCAAGCAGGCUGAAGCCAGACUGGACCAAAGACUGCAGAGACUGGAGUAUAUCUGCCUCUACCAUAUGAAAUUGCUGACCUGGGAGCAGAAGCAGCUCCAAAAAGAACUGCAGAGGUUACGGCAAGCAGAAACCAUGAAGAAACAUUUCUCCUCUUAUUUGGGGAAUGGAAUUCAGAAGAGACCAGAAGAUGUUCUCAUGUUCUCAUCACAGGGAGGGCAGAAGCACAGAGUCCCACAGGCUAAGAAAAUGAGAGCAUCAGCAACCAGUAUGACCCAAGACACAUACAAAAGCAAGUCCCAGGUGCCUCCUUCACAUGAUGCUGGCCUCAAAGACCCCAUGAGGAGCAAAGAGCAGCCACUCUCUCAAAAUAACAGAACUGCCUGCUUCAUAAAAGAGCAUCCACAAGCCCAAGAGAAAGAUUCUGUGAAUCCACCUAAGGACAUAGACUCCAACAAGGGCGUCUAUGUUCUAUGCCAAGAUCAAGCGGUUUCCACCAACACCACAGAACAAGUUCCUAGUUCCAGCCCAACUACUGAUAGUGGAAUAGUACAUGCUGAUGAAACCAGAUCAAAAGAUGUUGCUCUAAAGCCAGAUAGGAACACUGGAAAACAAAUGCCCCCAAAUCACGUGGAAUGUGCAGGAAGCUUCCAAGGCGAGUUCACAAAGCCAACCUUCUUAGAGUUGCUUUCAAAGGCCAGAAAUGCCCAUUAUCUCCGGCACAGGGUCCCUCCUGAGUCUGAGAGGUUGCUUAGCAUUGGGGAGAUAUUUGGGCAUGAGGAAUCCCCAUUGUCCAGGGCAGGAGAGGAGUGUGAAAACAGGGUCCCUUCUAAGUUUCUUCCUCUAUAA